AUGAUUACCCCUACCCAGACUCUAAAGUCGGUGGUGGAUCAGAAAACUGUUGUGCACGCCUAUCGCCACCUGUAUCGCCAGGGCUUGAAGGCCAUCAAUUAUUCUACCCCAGCACGGCAUGUUCUCCGGCAUAGUCUGCGAUCCGCCUUUCGUUCAUCUUCACCGGAAGAGCUGAACCCGCGGCGCAUAGCCAAUACUUUACAGUUUCUCCAACGAGCUGCCGACGUUGCAGGCCUUGAACAUAAGAUUGUGAAAAAUCUGAUGAUGAUGAAGUACUGGGAGCAGCCCCAAGUGAGAAAAGACCAUCGCACGUAG